AUGACUUUUGCAUCCUGGAAUGUUCGGGGGUUGGCGGGGACUGAAAAAUUGAGUAUGGUCAAAAAUUUUAGAAAGAAGUUCAAUGUGCAUGUGCUAGGCUUAAUAGAGACAAAGAAAGAGGUGAUGACUAAAUUUGAGGUUGUGCAGUUGUGGGGUAAUGAUGGAGUGGGUUGGGAGUUUGUGGAGGCAGAAGGUGCUUCUGGCGGCCUGUUAUUGAUGUGGGAUAGCACGGUUUUUAACUUAAGUAGUUGCUAUAAAGGAGCUAGGUGGCUAUGUGUGGAUGGAGUGUUGUUAAAGAAUAAUUUUCGGUGUGCGUUCUGUUUGGUGUAUGGUGAACAUGAUAGGGAGGAAAAGCUUGUAGUGUGGGAAGAGCUAAGCUUCUUGUCCGGCUUAUGCCAGGUACUGUUCUGUUUUAUGGGGGAUUUUAACGAGAUUGUCCAAGUGGAAGAACGACUGGGGGCCACGUCUCUGCCAUGGUCUGUAGCAGAGUUUAAAUCUUGGGUUCAUGAUAUGGAGCUGAUGGAUCUAGUUUUAUCUGAUAGGCGGUUCACAUGGUUCCGGGGCCAAUCAUGUAGUCGUAUUGACAGGGUCUUGGUUAGUUUGGAAUGGUUGGAAGAAUUUCCUAAAACAAGGUUACAAGGAAGUCCAAGAGGGCUGUCAGACCAUUGUCCAAUGAUUAUGAACGUAACUAGGUUGGGAGGGGAGCCGAGACCGUUUCGGAGCCUGGAUUCAUGGUUUACUCACGAUGGGUUUUUGAGGAUGGUAAAGGAGGAAUGGAGGAGUCUCAGGGAGAUUCAGUUCAUGGAUAAAUUGAAGGCUAUGACGGCCCCACUGGGGAGAUGGCAUAGAGAGCAGUUUGGUGAUCUGGACAUAAGGAUUAACAAGUUUGAGGAGGAGAUCAGGAAGGUAGAUGAUAUGGUGAGUCAUGGAGUAUAUGAUGGAACAAUGGAGGCGAGAAGGAAGGCGCUUGUGAGCUCUUGUAAGAAAUGGUAUAUCAGAAAGGAAAUCCACUGGAAGCAGAUGUCACGGUCUAGGAAUGCUAAGGAGAUGGAUAAAAACACUAGAUACUUUCAUAAUCUCGCAUCGGCUCGUAGGAGAACAAUCGAAUUGAAGCCUUACGGAUCCAUGGGAGAGUAG